AAUUUGUCAGAGUGAGCGCGUGUGGGGAGGAGGAUCGGAUUCAGCGCAGCUCCGCCGCAGCGCUCAACAAACAUCAGCCUGAAUAGAGAAUAAACAUGAGCGCGCACUGAGCCACUCUGGUCCGCCUGCUCAACUGACGGCCAUUCACUUGGCUUCAUUUCAUCCUUAUUUUGAUCCUCGACUGUCCGGCAAACUGUCUAAUCUGGAGGAGGACGGGGAGACUAGCAUGGCCAUGACGGGAGGCAUGGCAGCGCCGCUCCCGAUGAGUAACCACACACGUGAGAGAGUCACGGUGGCCAAACUCACGCUGGAGCACUUCUACAGCACCCUGCUCACCCAACACGAGGAGCGGGAGAUGAGGCAGAAGAAGCUGGAGAAGGUGAUGGAUGAGGAGGGUUUACCUGAUGAAGAGAAGAGUAUGAGGCGCUCUCUGCACGCACGUAAGGAGACCGAGUUUCUGCGGCUCAAGAGGACCCGUCUAGGUCUCGAUGACUUUGAGUCGCUUAAAGUGAUCGGGAGAGGAGCAUUCGGAGAGGUGCGGCUGGUUCAGAAAAAGGACACGGGUCACAUUUAUGCCAUGAAGAUCCUCAGGAAAUCAGACAUGUUAGAGAAAGAGCAGGUGGCUCAUAUCCGGGCCGAGAGAGAUAUCCUGGUGGAGGCUGAUGGCGCCUGGGUAGUGAAGAUGUUCUACAGCUUUCAAGAUAAACGCAAUCUGUAUCUCAUCAUGGAGUUUCUGCCUGGAGGAGAUAUGAUGACUCUGCUGAUGAAGAAAGACACGCUGUCGGAAGAAGCUACGCAGUUCUAUAUCGCAGAGACGGUUCUGGCCAUUGACUCCAUUCACCAGCUGGGCUUCAUUCACAGAGAUAUCAAACCUGACAACCUGCUGCUCGACUCACGGGGCCAUGUCAAACUGUCUGACUUUGGCCUCUGCACAGGCUUGAAGAAGGCCCAUCGGACUGAAUUUUACAGGAACCUCACGCACAACCCUCCCAGUGACUUCUCCUUCCAAAACAUGAAUUCAAAACGGAAAGCAGAAACAUGGAAAAAGAACCGAAGACAGCUGGCAUAUUCAACCGUCGGGACGCCAGACUAUAUCGCCCCUGAGGUCUUCAUGCAGACGGGCUACAACAAGCUUUGUGACUGGUGGUCUCUUGGAGUGAUAAUGUACGAGAUGUUGAUAGGCUACCCACCCUUCUGUUCCGAGACGCCACAGGAAACCUACAGGAAGGUCAUGAACUGGCGAGAAACACUAAUUUUCCCCCCUGAAGUCCCCAUUUCAGAGAAAGCCAAGGACUUGAUCCUUAGGUAUUGCACAGAUGCAGAAAACAGGAUUGGAUCAGGAAGUGUGGAUGAAAUCAAAUCUCACCCUUUCUUUGAGUCCGUGGACUGGGAGCAUAUCAGAGAGAGACCUGCUGCUAUUUCCAUUGACAUCAAGAGCAUCGAUGAUACGUCCAACUUUGAUGACUUUCCAGAGUCAGACAUUCUACAGCCAGUAACAAAUGUUACAGAACCAGACUUCAAGUCCAAGGACUGGGUUUUUCUUAACUACACCUACAAACGCUUUGAGGGAUUGACACAGCGUGGCACCAUCCCCACUUAUAUGAAGGCAGGCAAGGCUUGAAACUGGCACUGAUGGUCUGAAAAAAGGAGGAUUAGAAUGUAAAUGACAAUUCAAAUGCAGAUUUCUGCAGAUGAAAAGCUUAUGCACUGCCGCUUUGUGCUACACAGUAGACUUGUUCUCAGAGGAGUCCCUGGUGACAAUAAAAAAAAGCAUAAUAUUUAUAUGGCCAAACAUAUGGAGAGACUCUCUUGUCCUGCUGCUCUGCUAAAAGGAGACACAAAUGUUGUCCAAAUGCUCUUCAACACUGGAUCAAACAGGGUCAGAGAGAGAGGGGGAAAAAAAGGGAAGCAGAUACAUCACUGAAGCCUUACGUUCAGAAAACAGAGGAUGUUUUAACCUCAGACCUCUUAGGUGACUAAACUGCAAUAAAGUUGGUUUCUCUCAGUCACUUUUAAGCUUCUUUCCCCAAGGAAGUUUAGAAUCUGUAUAAACCCAACUGAAACAUGUACACUGUUAGACACACUGUAUGAUAUAGUUAACUACCUGAUGCUGAAUAUUCCCCACAAAUGUAUUUUGUGUUUUUGUGCAGUUGUUUUAAUUUUAAUAUAUGAUUGCAACCUACCUAGAAGAAGCUUUAAGAAGAGGGGAAUUAGGGGUUUUUUUUUGUUUCUGUUUAUGUCAGUGCCCUUGAGCAGCCAGCCCUCCUCUAUCUGUUCCUGUUCAUUUCAUUCACACAGUGAUGUAGUUGAUUCAUUUUUGUUUGAUUGUGAGCAUUGUUUACCUAUGCAACCAUUUUUGUAGUUGUGUUGUAACACAUGCAAGAUGUAGCUUCAAUCAGUGGUUUUAAAGGGAAGAUAAAACAUGCUAAAAACUUGCUCUCUUUUAUGUAAUCAAGCUUUACAAAUCUACAGGGUUUAAAAGGAUGAAAAUAAUCAGCUAAAUUUCAAAAACAUUUUAGCAUACUGUCGGCAAAAAUUAACUUAAGAUGAUCAAACCUUUAACCAAAUAACAACUACUGGUGGUAAACGCCUGAGUGGAGAACACAAACUGGUAAGUGAAUUUCUAGUGUAUGGCUGUUAUUGCAUUAAGUAAGUUUUGGCGUUUUUGUAUAUUGAGUAUGACACAUCUCGGCCAGUAACAUCAUACAGCACUCCGAUUUCCAUCCAAAUUUAAUAGUUUCUUAAUUAUUGAGGAUAUUUAGUGACUGGGCACCUGCUGUUGUGCAUGACUACAAAGUACUGGCCAAAUAGACUGAAAAGAGCAAAUGCUGUAGUUUGUGUAAAAGAUUGGUGCUUGGGGGGGUUUACUUAAUAUAUAAAUUUUUGUUGCUUUGUUAUAUGUUUACUUGGUGUAAAAAUGUAAAAGCAAGAAAUAAAUGUAAAAAAACAUUAAAGUUUUCACAGACCA